CAUCUUGCCAAUUCCCGAGAACUUUGCCCUCUGGGCAGCAGGAAGGAGCAUCCGCAACCUGACCCUGCACCUGAUUGGCAAGAGGCGGGCAGCAGCAGCAGUGCGUGCGGAGGAGGCAGCACAUGGAGAGCAGCAGGGGGGGGCAGCAGGGCGGGGUGCACGGGACCUGUUGGCGUUGAUGCUGGCAGCACAUGACGAGGCAGGCAACGAGCAGAUGACGGACCAGCAGCUCAUGGACGAGUGCAUCACCUUCCUCCUCGCUGCACUCGCAUCUCAACCAUCUUCUCACAGCACUCGCAUCUCAACCAUCUUCUCUGCAUUGCCUCCCUUCUGUGCGUCGUGUUGCCUCCCCUUCCCAUUUCACCAAUGCCCAUCUUCCUUCUGCCGCCCCCUCCCUCGUCGCCUCCCAUCGUCCUCCCUUGUCGCCUCCCAUCUUCCUCGGUGCCCCUCUCACCCUUGCCCCCCAACGGCAGGCCACAGCACCACGGCGCACCUGCUGACAUGGACGUUCUAUCUUCUGGCGAAGCAUCCCGACUGGCAGGAGCGGCUGAGAGCAGAGCUCAAGCAAGCGCUGACUCAGCAGGGGGCACAGGGCACGUCAGCAGUCCCCACAGCCAGCACAGCAGCAGGAGCAGCGGACGAGGCAGGGUCAGAGGCAGGUGGAAGAAAACAUGAGGAGAGAAGCCAAGGGGGGUCUGGAGGGGAGGGAGCGGGGGGUGGACAGGAGGGAGGAGAGCGAGGGGAAGGCGAGAGAGAAGGAGGAGGGGGGCGAGGGGGAGUUGCGGGGCAAGGAGGGGGGGGGCGGGUGACAUGGGAGGUGGUGGCAGCGCUGAGGGACAUGGGUAUGGUGCUGCAGGAGAGCCUGCGCAUGUUCCCCCCCGUCCCCUUCCUGGGCCGCACAUGCCAGCAGGUACACAUGGGCCGCACAUGCCAGCAGGUACACAUGGGCCGCACAUGCCAGCAGGUACACAUGGGCCGCACAUGCCAGCAGUUAGAGAUGGGCUGUGGGUCCCGACUGGCACCGGCGUGUUUGUUAGUGGGGGGGGUGGUUCAGAUGGUUGGAGGGGGGCGUAUUCUAGUUCGUCUUUCUGAAGCUCUCAGCCUCAUCGCAGUAAGGCUGGGCCCAUACGACGUGCCGCGGGGUGUGAACGUGCUGAUACCAGUUGCUCUAUUGCACUACGACCAGCGCUACUGGGGGCCUCGAGCCCUCGCCUUCGACCCCGACCGCUUUGCCAAAGGCACAGAUGAAGCCUGUUCUCAUCCUCAGGCGUUCCUACCCUUUGGUUCGGGCCCGCGCAUCUGCAUCGGCAACAACUUCGCCCUCACGGAAGCAAAGGUGGUGCUGGCGCACAUCCUCAGGCAGUUCUCAUGGCGCCUCUCCCCCGCCUACAAGCACCUCCCCAUCACUUCUGUCACCCUGCGGGCCUUCUUCGGCAUGCACGUGAUUAGCCGUCGAUCGGGGUCAGUCGCGUUGAUCGACGGCACCACGACACGCGCCGCAGCACAGCAGUUCCCGGGGAGCAUUCGCGCCGCUUUAGGUACCCGCGGCGCGUUGAUCGGCGUCGCGACGAACGGCUGCGAUGGCAGCGGAGGGCGCAGCGAUGGAGCUGGAGGGGCAGUGGCGAGAUCUGGACCGUCUGUUGCUUCGACCAGGGAUGCUCGUCGGGCCUGGAUUCGAACCCUCGCCGGAGGUAUGCCGUGCGUGGGGCAUCAUGAGGCCAUGCCGUGCGUGGUGGGAGCAGGCGCGUUGGAACGCAUGGUGCUCGCAUGGAGCAGCCACAUUCACGGCUCGUUUCGUUCGUUCCUCUUUCCCCUCUUCCCCGUUCUCUCCUUUUCACCACUCUCCUCCUUGCCGCACUCUCCCCCCUUCCACACUCUCCCCCCUUCCCUAAUCUACCCCCGUCCCCACUCUCCCCCGUCCCCACUCUCCCCCCUUCCCUGCUCUCCCCCUUCCCCACUCUCCCCCCUUCCCUGCUCUCCCCCGUCCCCACUCUCCCCCUUCCCCACUCUCCCCCUUCCCCACUCUCCCCCUUCCCCACUCUCCCCCUUCCCCAAUCUCCCCCCUUCCCUACUCUCCUCCUUUCCCACUCGCCCCUUCUUCCCACUCUUCUUCCUGGGAUAUAUCCCCUUCUCCUUGCCACUCCUUCUCCAUUCUCUCCCCUUCCUCAGUCUUCCCUCGUCCCCACUCGCUUCUCCCACCUGCCCCACACUCUCCCCCACCCACACCAACCAGAUUCUCGAGUUCCUGAAGUCAGACUGCCGAGUGCUGCUGGUGGUGGGAGCAGGCGGGCUGGGGUGCAAUCUGCCUAAAAUCGCGAUUUUCUCAGGGAGGACUGCCGCGUGCUCGUGGUGGGUGCGAGCUGCUCAAGCAGCUGCUGUAAUUCACCCCCUUCCCCAUACUCACCUUCCCCACAUCCCCCCUUUCCCCACUCUCCACUCCCACCUGCCCCACACUCCCACCCCCACCAACCAGAUCCGCGAGUUCUUGAAGGACGACUGCCGAGUGCUGGUGGUGGGGGUUGGGAUCCGCGACUUUCUCAAGGACGACUGCCGCGUGCUGGUAGUGGGGGCGGGCGGGCUGGGCUGCGAGCUGCUAAAGGACCUGGUGCUGUCGGGGUUUGGCAGCAUAGACGUCAUUGACAUGGACACCAUUGACCCCAGCAGACGUGGGCAAGCCCAAGGCGGUGGUGGCAGCAGCGCGAGUGACAAUCAACAAGUCUUUCCCUCCCCUCUCCUCUCCCCUGCAUGCAACCCCCUCGUGCCGCCGCUCUUGCUUCCGUGCAGCCCAGCAGACGUGGGCAAGCCCAAGGCGGUGGUGGCGGCAGAGCGAGUCAUGAGCCGCGUGGGCGGGGUCAAGGUGAGCGGGGGAAAAGAGGAGGGAAAGGGGAGGUGGGAAAGGGGAAGGGGGAAAGGGGAGGGGGGAAGGGGCCGGGGGGAAGGGGAGGGAGGGAGUGGUAGAAGUGACCCCCCACUUCUGUCGCAUAGAGGAGAAGCCCGCAUCAUUCUUCAGCAGACCCCUCCUCCCCCACUUCUUCCGCACCAGGUGACCCCGCACUUUUGUCGCAUAGAGGACAAGCCCGCGUCCUUCUUCAACGAGUUCAACAUCAUUGUGUUGGGCCUCGACUCACUUUCUCAGACUGUCUCAAACUCCCCCUCAACACCACUGUCCCCCUUCCACCCCGUUUUCCAACCUUCACCCCCCACCCCCCACCCCAUUUACCAGGUGACCCCUCACUUGUGUCGCAUAGAGGACAAGCCUGCCUCGUUCUUCAACGAUUUCAACAUCAUCGUGCUGGGGCUGGAAUCGCUUGAAGCGCGCUCCUACAUCAACAGCCUCGUGUGCGGAUUUCUAGGCGUCAACAUCAUCUUGUUGGUGCUCGACUCGCUGGAGGCCCGCUCCUACAUCAACAGCCUCGUCUGCGGCUUCCUAGGUCGGUCCUAG